AUGUUGCCAGAGUGGACAGUGCAUAAGUUCACAUCCGUCAUCAGGGAGAAACAUUUCAGCACUUUUAGAACUAACUUCCAAAUCCCGGACUACGUUUCCAUCCGUCUGCCCCAUGUGUCGGAGAAGUGUUACUAUGAAGGGGUAGAAGGUGUCGGAAUAUACGAGCAGGCGUUGAAGGCAGGACUUCGGUUCCCGCUCUCUACACUUCAUAGGGAACUUUUGCACUACCUAGGGUUGUCCGUCACACAGAUAUCUCCUAACGCCUGGAGAGUCUUCAUAGCCAUGGAGAUUCUCUAUGAAAUGGACGACGCAAAGAGAAGGGCGAUGAUAAAAUCACUAGCCGUCGAGCAAAAGAAGACGGGUGAAGUUGUGGUUCCUAAGAUGCCGGGGUCGUCGGCUAAGAGGAAGCAGCCGCCAAAGUCUGACCGUCCAUACAAGCAGCCGAAGGUUUCAUUGGAACCCGUUGUGGGCUUGAUGGCUGAGGGUGUUAAGACCGUCACCCCAGCCAAACAUGGAACCGGUAAGGGCUUAAUGCAUGCCCCACCCGUCAACGAGGAGAAGCCCCCUUCCCUUCUCCGUGACGACUCGAAGUAUGCCUUGGAGAAACUUUCGUCGAUAAUUUCCGCAGAGGAUUACGAGGAUCUGGGGAAUCAUUCGACGGAGGCAAUGGGGGAGACGGGUUUAUUCGCCGUUGGACAGUCCUUGGUUAUGAUGAAGGGCUUGAUGGAUCGCUGCCUCAACCGUGAAGCGGCUCUGGAGCGUGUACGGACAAAGGCUGGGCAGACGGAGGAGGAGCUUAGCCAACUGUAUAAGUGGAAGUCCACAAUGGAGCAGAAGUUUGAACUGUCUGAGAAGACCAGGAAAGAGUUCGAACAGAGGACGGAAGAAGCUGGGAAGGCCUUGAAGGGAAAGGAAGAUGAAGUAAAGGACUUGAAGAAGAAACUCCGUCAGGCCAAGGAUGAUGCCGUCAACGAGUAUCGCGACUCUGAGGCAUUGUUGAAGGAGCUGGGGGGAUCGUUCCUUCAAGGCUUCGACGAUGCACUCCGUCAGAUAAAAAAGGCCUACCCAGAUCUGGACGUGUCCAUGAUAUCCGUCAGUGAUCAAGAUCAGACAUCUGCUCUGCCCGUCGCCUCAGACAAUACGGAGGACCUUUUCGGAGACGAAACAGCUCAGGGUGACGGAGAGUCCGCUGUGCCGACUGAGGUUCCUGUUGCCGACCCCAAUAAAGCAGAUUAA